CUGGGUUCAUACUAGAGUCAGAAUUGCGCAACAUGAAUUGUCUAAAGAUCUGCGGAUUCGUUUUUGCCUUGAUGGCGGCGCUGGCAAGUGCGAGUGCUAGCACUCAAGUGAUUCACUCUGGCGGCCACACACUCAUUCAAACACCGAAUGGUCAAUACAUACGCAAAAAUUAAACUGUAUUAAAUUAAUAAAUUAAAAAA